AUGAGUCAACAAGGUAGUGAUAACACGGCCAUUCAAGGGGGAACUGCAGAUUCACCAAAGAAAAGAAACCCCCGUGGAAAAUUUGUUGGCUCUGGUCAAAAAAUGAUGAUUGUCAAUUUGUAUAAAACCAAAAUGGCGCAACAAUCAACUGGACAUGGGCCAAAAUUGACGGCAAAAGAAGUCAUAAAAAAUAUAUCCGAAGAAAGUGGUGUCGGACAACGGACUGUGAGCGUUACUCUGUCAGAAUAUCGCAACAAAGGAAUUGUAACAUCACCAAACAAGACCAAAAUCAGACCGAAGGUAACAGAUAAAAUUGACGAGUUCAACCAAAAUGCUAUCAGGCAAAAAGUGCAUCAGUUUUGGCACAGCCGUGAAAUCCCGACUUUAAAUAAAAUGUUAACAGUAAUAAACGAAGAUGACAGUUUACCGAAUUUUUCAAAAAUGUCCUUGUACAGAAUUCUAAAACAUCUGAAUUUCGAGUAUGUUCGUAAGUCUCGGAAUAGCGCGUUAAUUGAACGUAAUGAUAUUGUCUGUUGGCGUCGAAGAUAUUUAGAAACUAUUAAACAUUACCGUCUGUUAGGUAGACCAAUCUAUUACUUAGAUGAGACAUGGGUAAAUGCAGGCGAAACUACUACACGAACAUGGGUGGACAAAACAGUCAAAUCGACAAGGGACGCAUUUCUUCGGGGCCUUUCAACUGGACAAAAGGAACCGUCUGGUAAGGGGAAGCGGCUCAUUGUUGUGCACAUCGGGUCAUCAGACGGCUUUGUUGCUGGCGGUUUCUUUUGCUUCGAGUCAAAAAAAAAUACCCAAGAUUACCAUGACGAAAUGAACGGUGCCAAUUUUUACGAGUGGUUCAACAAUAUUUUACCAUUAUUGAACGAAAAUGCUGUGAUCGUCAUGGAUAAUGCGUCUUAUCAUUCGGUGAAGAUGGAUCCAUGCCCUGUCAUAUCCUGGAAGAAGGUAGAUAUUAUCAACUGGCUCGAAAAUAAAGGUGAGAUAGUUGAUCACACAAAAGUCAAAGCUCAAUUAUUGGAACGUGUUCAAGAGUUAAAGCCACAGCACGAUCUAUAUGUAAUAGAUGAAUUAGCAAAGGCUGCCAAUAAAACUGUGUUACGUUUACCCCCAUAUCAUUGUGAAUUAAACCCUAUAGAGCUCGCGUGGGCAUCUGUAAAAAAUUAUGUCCGUACGAAUAAUACGACAAACAAAUUACAAGAUGUUCGUAAACUAUUGGAAGAAGGCGUAGAACAGGUUACUCCAGAUAUGUGGAAAAAUUUUGUUGCCCAUGUAAUAAAAGAAGAAGAUAAAUUUUGUCAAAUUGAUGUUAUAUCUGAUCAACUUCUGGACGAUGAACAAGGAUCACACGUCUUAACGAUUACAGGUGACACAAGUUCAGACUUCGAUUCCGAUUAA